AUGGCGCCCACCGGAGAGUCCGAUAGCGAUAAUAUCAGCGCAUAUGGAGGUACUCGUUCCACCGUCAAGGGACAACCCCUGGAUGCGGAGGAAGUCCGCAAAAUGGAUGCAUACUUCCGCGCAAGCAUGUACCUAUGCUUGGGAAUGCUCUAUAUGCGAGACAAUGUCCUUCUCAAAGAGCCCCUCAAGGUCGAGCAUCUCAAAGCCCGCCUGCUAGGCCAUUGGGGGUCGGAUGCUGGCCAGUCCUUUACCUGGCUUCACAUGAAUCGGCUGAUCAAGAAGUACGAUUUGGAUGUUCUUUUCGUUUCCGGUCCUGGUCAUGGCGCCCCAGCUGUUCUAUCGCAGUCAUAUCUAGAGGGAGUCUAUUCCGAGGUGUAUCCGGACAAAUCCGAAGAUGAAAAAGGCAUGCAGAGGUUCUUCAAGCAAUUCUCAUUUCCGGGAGGCAUCGGCUCACACGCAACUCCGGAGACUCCGGGCUCGAUUCACGAAGGCGGAGAAUUGGGAUAUUCGAUCUCUCACGCCUUCGGAAGUGUCUUCGACCAUCCCAAUCUUAUCACGUUAACAAUGGUUGGAGACGGAGAGUCGGAAACCGGGCCGCUUGCGACUAGUUGGCAUAGCACGAAGUUCCUCAAUCCACGCACCGAUGGUGCGGUCCUCCCUGUCCUGCAUCUGAAUGGAUACAAGAUCAAUAACCCGACUGUGCUCGCUCGCAUUAGCCACGACGAACUAAGAUCCUUGUUCGUUGGCUACGGGUGGACGCCGUAUUUUGUGGAAGGCCAUGAUAGGGAAAGCAUGCAUCAAGCCAUGGCAGCCACAUUAGAGCAGUGUGUUGUGGAAAUCAAAAAGAUCCAGAAGCAAGCAAGGGAGUCGAAGAAGGAAUUCCGACCCCGUUGGCCGAUGAUCGUCCUCCGGAGUCCCAAAGGAUGGUCUGCUCCGAGAGAGGUUGACGGAAAGUUGCUCGAAGGAUACUGGCGCUCACAUCAAAUUCCGAUCACCGAUGUCUUGACGAACCCCGCCCACUUGAAGCUUCUCGAAUCGUGGAUGAAGAGUUACAAACCAGAAGAGCUUUUUGACCAAGAUGGCAAGCUGAUAGACGAGUUGAAAGGGCUCGCACCCAAAGGAAAUUCUCGUAUGAGUGCCAACCCCGUCGGCAAUGGCGGCAUGCUUCGCAGACCCCUCCAAUUGCCAGAUUUCAGGGACUACGCCCUCAAGGAUAUUGAUCCCGGCGUGUCUGUCCGCGGUAGUAUGACAAACAUGUCGAAGUAUUUGAGGGACGUUGUCAAAGAGAACAUGACCACCUUCCGCGUCUUUGGUCCUGACGAAACGGAGUCGAACAAGCUCGCGGAAAUUUAUAAAGCCGGUAAAAAGGUUUGGCUAGGCGACUACUUCGAGGAAGAUAAGGAUGGCGGGAACUUGGCCUAUGAAGGGAGGGUAAUGGAGAUGCUCAGUGAACAUACCUGCGAGGGUUGGCUGGAAGGCUACGUGCUGUCCGGCCGACAUGGUAUGUUGAACAGUUACGAACCUUUCAUCCAUGUCAUCGAUUCCAUGGUCAAUCAGCAUUGCAAAUGGAUUGAGAAGUGUUUGGAAGUAGAAUGGCGCGCGAAGGUCGCGUCUCUCAAUAUUCUCCUGACUGCUACUGUCUGGAGACAGGACCAUAAUGGUUUCACCCACCAGGACCCUGGAUUCCUGGAUGUAGUGGCAAACAAGAGCCCUGAGGUGGUUCGGAUCUACCUGCCACCUGAUGGAAACACUCUUCUCUCAGUCAUGGACCACUGUUUCCGUAGUGUCAACUACGUCAAUGUUAUCGUCGCCGAUAAGCAAGAACAUAUCCAAUUCCUAAGCAUGGACGAAGCUAUUGAACAUUGCACUAAAGGACUCGGAAUCUGGGAUUGGGCUAGUAACGAUCAAGGCCAUGAACCCGAUGUUGUGAUGGCUGCAUGCGGUGACGUGCCCACACAUGAGGCUCUCGCUGCAACGGCUUUACUGAACGAACAUCUUCCUCAACUGAAGGUCCGAUUCGUCAACGUCGUCGAUUUGUUCCGCCUCAUAAAUGAGAAAGACCAUCCGCACGGUAUGUCCGAUAGGAAAUGGAAAGCCGUAUUUACCGAUGACAAGCCGAUCAUCUUCAAUUUUCAUUCAUACCCCUGGCUUAUCCAUCGUCUUACCUACAAGCGACCCGGACAACACAACUUGCAUGUACGAGGGUACAAAGAAAAGGGCAAUAUCGAUACACCAUUUGAGCUAGCUGUCCGGAAUCAGACGGACCGUUAUAGUCUUGCUAUCGAUGCCAUCGACCGUGUGGGAUCUCUUGGUAACACCGCGUCCCAUGUGCGGGAAAAGUUGAUCAAUCAACAACUAGCCGCUAAGCAAGAGGCAUUCGACAACGGCCUUGAUGCAGAAUACAUCCGGAAUUGGAAAUAUCCUAAGAAAGCAUAA